CAAGAUGACAAAAAACUUUUUAUUUUUUUUAAUUGCAUUUUGCAAUGUAAUUUAUUCUGUAUCGAGUGUACCAGAGGAUCCAUUCAGGAAAAUUGAGGAAAUAAUCACAAGUAAUGGCUAUCCUUUCGAAAGACAUUUGGUUCAGACAGAAGAUGGUUAUACUAUUGAAAUUCAUCGAAUUCCAGGCGGUAAAGGUGAAAAAGCAUAUCAAGCUCCAGCUAAUAAACCACCUGUUUAUGUGCUUAAUGCAUUUUAUCAAUCAUCAGCCACUUGGGUCUCAACUGGUCCACGAAUUUCCCUAGCUUAUCUAUUGGCUGACAAUGGAUUCGACGUAUGGUUGGGAAAUUGCCGUGGAAAUAUAUUUGCUAGAAAUCAUACAACAUAUGUGGAUCUGAGUUACGGUUUCUGGAACUUCAGUUGGCAUGAAAUGGGACUUUAUGAUAUGCCGGCAGCGAUAGAUUUCAUUUUGGAAAUAACUGGCAGAAGUCAACUAUAUUAUGGAUGUCAUUCACAAGGAUGUACAGCCGCAUAUGUUUUGGGAGCUUUGAAACCUGAAUAUAAUAAAAAAAUUCGUUUUUCUGCGCACAUGGGACCUAUUGCAUUUUUGGGAAACAUGAAGGGCAUUGGAAGAAUUCUUGCACCUAUAAUUGCGAAACUUGGAACACCAUUUUUGGAAAAAGUUGGUCAUUUCAGCAUGACAGGAAACGCCUUAAUUACAAUUAUAUUCAGACAAAUACUGCUGCACCCUCCAUGGUUUGCUAUCGUAUUCUCUGCUAUAUAUACAUUUAGCGGACCGAGUAAAUUAUCUGACAACCGAGAAGCAAUCGAAAAUGGUCUUCCUUAUACGAUUACAGGAGCUUCUACUAAACAGAUUGUUCAUUACGCACAAGGAGUUCUUAAUCCCUAUACUUUUCGACAAUACGACUAUGGAAGUGUGCAAAAUCUAAAAAUAUAUAAUUCAGUAGAGCCUCCAAGUUAUCCAUUAGAAAAGGUUACAAUGCCCAUAGCAUUCAUUGAGGGCACAAAUGAUUUUUGUGCAAAUAAACUGGAUCUGGAUUACUUAGCGAAAAAACUGCCAAAUGUUGUUGGUAGGUUCGUGUAUCCACUUAACCAUCUUGAUUUUGCAUAUAAUCGAAAUAUUAAACAACUUGGGUAUAAUAAAAUUGUGGAGUUGUUCCUAGAAUCCGAAAAGAGAGCAUCAUAAAUGAUGCAAAUUAAAAUAAUUUUAGUUUCAAACAAGUUAAUUAAUUAAUUAAAUGAAUCUGACACUUUUGAAACUUUAAUAAAUGUAGUUUAG